AUGAAGCGAAAACCGGAUGCUGGAGUCACCACUCCAGGCUCAAAGAGACAGUCUCGGCAAGACCCCGUUUCCUGCGAGUCCUGUCGAAAGAAGAAGUUGAAGUGCGAUAGAGGGCUCCCAUGCAGUAGCUGCUCCGCGCGGAAAUUGGAGUGCAGCUAUGGCGGCUAUGGCCCGGCUACAACUCCUGUACAAGCCACGAGCCAAACAUAUCAGAGGCCCAUAUUGGACGAUCGCGUGUCUGAGCCACCUCGGACCCUACAGUGGACUCCACGACAGGACACGGAGACAGAAAGUCGCAAUGGAAAUGAGCCCCUUUUGACGGCCGAUCGGCUUGAGGCGAUUGUUAUGGGACACCGGGUUCCGAGUGCAGUCCCUGCCACGCUGAGGGCGGAGCUCUCCCAGCGCCGGGAACCCGAGCGCUCGCCUUCACAGCAAAAUACCACACCCGGUGAUCGAUUUCCUCCAAUGCGCGAACGGCUCGCCUCUCGUGCAAAUCCGGCGACUAUCUAUCUGCCAUUGUAUCUGCCACCGAUGGUAGAAGCUCUGAGUCUAUUUCGGUAUUAUUGUAAAUACCUUGACUACCAGUAUCAUCUCAUCAUACCAAGUCGUGUGGAACGGCAGAUUGAGACAAUUUACGAGAAUGUUGCGCGAAAUGAGUCUUUCAAUUUGGCACACACUGCGCUGCUGUUUAGUAUCACUGCUGCCGCCCUGGCAGCAUUGAUCCAGAGCAAUUAUAUACCUUAUCCCACCCUCGAAGGGCUGCAAGCGACUAUGAUCAUUGGUCAUCAUCUGUCCAACAUGAACUUUCCCUCCUCCGUGAGCCCGUUAUUUGUGCAUAGGUCAUUUGUGAGUCAGGCCAUUAGCAUGGGGCUCCACAUUGUGGACAGCCCUCGAGUUGUGUCUGAGCGCUUGGCAACCGAAUUUGAUAAAACCAAUGUUGAACUCAAACGACGGUUGUGGUGGGACUUGGCAGCAUACGACUGGUUGAUAGGCUUUUUGAGCGGACCCCAAGAGUGGACGUACUCGAUCCAACCUCAGCAUAUGAUUGUACAAGUGCCUCUCAAUGUCGAGGAUGAGGAAAUCGACCAUAGUGAGAACGGUGUUCCCCUAUCUACUCCCACCGCAAUCUCAUAUAGUCUAUGUCGAUUGAGGCUGGCUGUUGUGUGUCGCCAAAUAGUGGACGAAACGUCAUACUACCAUUUGCAUGGACAAGAGGUGCCCUAUGAGAAGAUACUCGAGCUCGACCAAAAGCUCCAGCAGGUACGCGCCGAGAUUCCCAGUUUCUUUCGCUUUGAUCAAGCCUCCCAGCGCGAAUACUCAGCGAUCUAUCGUGAGCGACCAACUCUUGCGUGGCAGCGAGCUCUAAUACAACAGGGUUACCAUUCACGGUUCUGCCGCUUGCAUCGCCACUAUUUUGUGCGUGGAGCAAAGGAUCCCAAAUAUUCCUAUUCCCAUGUCAUAUCUCUUCAGUCUGCGCGCAAGGUGCUCGAGGUGAAACGCAUCAUGGACGAGGAAGAGCCUGUGUUUACACCGCACAGCUCGGUCGUAUGGGCAGUCAUGCACCAUGUGUUCAUGGCAGCUGCCAUCCUUCUGAUAGAUGUGUGUUUCAACUGGGACGACAUUCUGGCCGAGAGGCGAAAAGAGGAAGUACUCGACGCUUGUCGAAUGCUUAGCCGGGCACAACAAUCCUCACCCAUCGCAUGUGAAGGAAUAAAUGCCAUGAUGGAGAUCUUACGAAGGCACUGGAAGCACGAAAGAAGAGUAAGCUCUCGCGACUUACAGGAGCCCUGCACAUCUUCGAAUUCAACUGCCGCAACAGCCAAUCCUCCACAGCCGGGUAUCCCGAUGCCUGUUUCGUUGAGUUCCAAGAGCAUCACAUUUCCUCCCGAAAUUUCCAAUGGUCAAUCGACGGUCAACCAUCCAACAGAUGCAUUGCUCAAUCCAUUACCUCUUGAAGACAUAUGGACGGAAAUGUUAGAAAGCAGCGCCAACGUCGAGCUGAAUACGCCAGACUGGACAAACUUGCUCACAGAGUUGACAAAUGUUGCUUUGCCAAGCGAGUAA